GCAGAUUUCGUAAAAUGGCUUCAACUGUAGGACUAGUCCCAAUAACAAGGGCAUAUCUAGCUUCUUACUACGAAAAGUAUCCUCUAUCUCCUCUUCCCCAUGAUGUCUUUCGUCUUACAGCUCAGAUUCGCUCAAUGUCCAACCAUUUCUCUAAGGACUACUUGCCCCUUACUCAAGAGGAAAGUAUACUCUUACAUGAAGCUGAUAAACAACCUCCUGUUAUAAUUGAUGAGAACUUUUGGAAGAACAGAGAGCAGAUUGAGGAAAUUAUAUUCUUGUUAGAACAAAGCCCACUUCUUGAUGAUGAAUUUGGUAUUGUUUUGGGGAGAUGGAAAAGUAAGUUUGAGAAGACUCUUGAGAAAUUGAAGUCUUCUCAAAUUAGGAGUUCAGAAAUUGUUUUCAAUUCAGUUAUGAAGUAUAUGCCUCAAGAUAUUCGUGGUGCUUUAAUUAGAAUACAAAGAGAUAGGUCUGAGAGGAAGAAGGAAGCUGAAGUUAAAGCUUUAGUUCAUUCUGGUGGAACUAUACAUCAACGUUAUUCAUUGCUAUGGAAACAACAAAUGGACAGGAGGCAGCAGUUAGCUCAGCUUGGUUCAGCAACAGGUGCAUAUAAGAUCAUUGUGAAGUAUCUAGUAGGAGUUCCUCAGGUUUUGCUUGAUUUUGUUAGACAGAUCAAUGAUGUUGAUGGGCCUAUGGUAGAGCUACAACGAAGAUAUGGACCGCCCCUAUAUAGUCUCACGACGAUGGUGCUCAAUAUCCGACUUUUUCUUACGCUGUGGUGGCAACGAUUUGGAGAAAAACAAUUAGAGGUAUUUGCGGACUCUCCUUUCUUUAUCACGGCAGAAGCUGCGGGUGCAAAAUCUUGAAAAUAGUUGUAUUUAUUAAUUAAUACUGUUUUUUAUUUUUUUCAAAAUUUCAGGUAUUAUUAUAUUCAUUUUAACAUUAUAUUUAUGUUUAAUAUGUUGAUUGAUUGGAUUGUUAAGAUAUUAUUAGUUUAUCUUUAUAGGAUUGGAAUUGAAUACAAUUCAAAUUGUGAAGA